AUGCUGCCGGGGGAGACUCGGCCGGGAUCGGCGAAAAAUUCGCUAGCGCGCCCACGGAAGCAACCACGGACGAGCAAAACACCGAGAAAGGCGAAGCGACGGAGCCACCCUCGGGAGCCGCCGUUGCUGUUGUCGCCCGUAUCGCCGGUGAACUUGUCGUCGUCUCUGAGCGAGGUGCCGCGGAACCGCGGCUCUGCAGGGGAGUUGUACACGGGCGGCGGCUUUCAGUGUCGGCUCUUCGAUGAGCCUUACACAGGGCGGCACCGUGCCUUUUCCCCCUUAUGCGACACGGCACGUGGAAGGACAUGGCAGCUGAACCUCAGCCACAUGGAGGACAGACGGCCUCAUGGCAGUACCCACCCACCGUCUGUGGGAUCCUCCAGUCAGAUAAACAACCCAUCGCUUUCACCGAUGCUACCCACAAUGUCACACGCAUCACCUAAUAUACAAAACAUUGAUGAAUACCAUGGAUUAUUGGCGAACACUCACAGUGGUGGUGAACAACCUUGCAACACGCGUCGCGGUAGCAGUGUAGUGUGCGGUAGCAUGAGCGGAAAUGGUACCACAUGUGCCGUGCGUGUGCUUUUAGUUGAUAUAGAGAUGCUUAAUAGUUUGAAGGACGUCGCUACACAGUUGCUACCGGCCUCCCGUCCCAACUGGACGGGGCGUAGCGGUGCUACGACUCCAGACAGCAUCACCAGCAAGAGGUCUGGUCUUCUUUCAAUUGAUACUACAUGGAAAGAUCCAAGCUUUUUGCUCACGACAGAUGACAAGGGCGAUGCGCUUCUCUCUACACCCUUCUUCGUACGACUUCAGCAGGAACUUGAACAGAGAUUGCAACCGUCUUUAUGGAAUGAGAGCACGGAUGGGGCGGGUGAGGCAACUCGAGAGGACAAAAACAUCUGGCUGUGCUCUCCCAGUUGCUUUUUACAUGGGCAGCUGCGGAAGAGUGUAGAGGAUCUCAUCAGCCCUGAAGCCAGCACUCGCCGGUCCAAUGGGAAGGGUGAGCACGACUCGGUUAUGAUCACCAGUCCGCUGCGGUCUAUUAACUCUACUUUGGUAUCCGAUAUGCGUACUGGGGGGAAUCCUUCUCUUACUUAUCAUACGGUAAACAUCUCGGAUGAUGUGAUUCCAUUGGAUACUGUUUUGAUGAAUAACACGAUGAAUGAAGGAAGCGAAAAAAACAAGAGUGACCUUGACAACAAGAGCAGUGGUACGAUAAACUGUGAGCUUCCCAUCACGGGGAUUGCUGUGUUUCCUUUGAACGACACAGGCACUGCAACUGGCCUGGCGGCGACUGUAUCGCCGCUUCUGCGAGGAGGGCAAGGCGAUGCGACAGCCGCAACAGAAUCCAUUGCUACCACCACCACCGCCACCUUCACUCCCUUACGUAAGGGGAAAGACAAGAUGCCGUCUCAAUUAGUGUCCUUCUCGGACUCUAUGCUCUCAGAGAGAGAUUCCACUGCACACCGUGGUAACUCUCUCAGAUUCAGCUUCGGUUGCCGUGCUGCCAAAUAUCCAGUGAAGAUUGGCGAAACGAUGGCCGCCACUUCGGAUGUGAAGAAAAAGGGACAAAAAGGGUGGGGCUCCGGUGGAGCAGUGCACCGCUACAUGGAUGACCCUCUGGUAGACCCUAACAUCUCUAAAGAGUCUGGUGGUGGCGGUCUAGGUAGCACACCCACGACGUCGUUUCAUGGCACAAAAACAAAGCCGCUUUUUGCUAUUGCCCUCUCAUUGCCGUUUGUGUGGCAAGGCAACGUACGAGAUGUGUUUCUCGACUGGGUCCACACCCAUGAACCCUCUCAUGUACUUCGUGAGACUGUCAUUCGCAACAUCAUAUGGUCUGUACUUCGGCACCUCAGAGAAAUCCAUCGUCAGGGUAAAGCUCAUGGAAGCGUCAAGGCGACAAACAUAUUCAUCGCUGCCCACGUGACGGAGGCAAUGACCGCACUUGCGUCCAAACACGCCGCCCCUGCAGCUGCGACCACGAAAACUCUUGGAGGAUCACCCUUGUUGGAGCAAGACUUGGACUGUGCUGGAAGCAGUAAUGGUGGUGAUAGAGGGGGUCACACAGCCUCUAUGGAUCAGCCGGGACCACUGGAGUGGUCGAAGAAUGUUGUCCUCUCUGAUAGCUACUACGCAUGUGUUGAAGAGACGCUGAUCACCGCACUCACAGGGAGCUCUGGUCGAUCUGCACCCACACCAGGUGUGCAUUCUCCGGGCGUAGGACCUGCGCCCCCACUCUGCCUUUAUGACGUGGCGACGCCGAAUGACGCACUGGAGGUUGAUGCACUUCACGCCUUUACCAUCGAUGAGCUCGAGUACGUACCACCACCUGAGAGCAUAACAAGUGAAGGCAACAGCGGUAGUGAGGAUGGGGUGUAUGGGACACAGGGCAAAGACCCAUCCACCGCCUCCCUCAAGGAAGAGGGCGGUAGUCCCAUACUCCCGUUUCGUAAAACUGACAACACACGGAGCCCUCGAUGUCUGCUUGCGCCCCCGUAUGAUAUCUGGAUGGUUGGCAUGCUGGCCAUACAGCUGGCCGACGGUGGCAGCCCGUGGUGGAUGAAGCGGCAUCAUCGCCCCUUGCCGCGGCUGCGUCAUGGCCCUUGGUCUAUCAAGUUCGCUUCCUUUGUGCAAAAAUGCGCCUGCGCCGACCCCGCGCGACGCCCAAGCGUAGAGGAACUGCUGAAAGACAAAUGGUUUCACACUGCGCUGAUGGAGGAUCGCGGUGGAGGCUCAGCCUCAUUGGCGCGUCCGAGUUAUUCUGUGAGGCAGCCUCAACAACAACAACAACAGCAGCAGCAGCAGCAGCACGGAGGGAAUGUUCGGCCUCCUGUGCGGUUGCCGUGUCGGCGUGCGUUUCUUGAUAUUCUGUUGGAGUACCACGAGUAUGCCGAGGAAUGGAGUGCAAGGCUCUCACAGGCGGCCGCAGAGGCCAUGCUACGUAGGGGAAGUUCUUUCUUCAGUUUCAAGAAUCGUAAAGAUUCCUUUAGCACCACUUUGAGCGGUAGAGGGCCACCUGAAUUGACUAUGACGACUCGAAAAGAACCAGAUUUAGAAAGACUUCUUUCCUCAAGCAGAAGCAGCAGAAGUAGUAGGAGUGAAAGCUGCCGUCACGCAAGCAGUUCUAGUGGAAAUAUGAGUGAAGCAUCGUCACAGGAGCGGGCGCGAAGCCCCAACCACGAUGCAGGAGGUGCGAAGAAGGUUGGCAACGACAGGCAUUCCGUGGCUCCACGCCGAAUCUCGCCCUUCUUCCUUGGCGCUAUGAGUUUGACAUUGGAGAUGUGCGGCACUGAGGCAUCGGUUGACGCAGCAAGCGUCGAUACCGAACCGUACAGGGAUUCGACUUCACACGGGGGCGGCGCACCGUCGUCACAGCACCCCCGCCUUCAACUUCCAGGGUCCGCGGAAGAGGCAUACGCUGUCCGCGAGGAGCACCAGGAGUUGAUGGGCGAGUUGCUGCAGGCGUUCUGGAACAUGCACCGGGAGUGUCGACUGGCGGCCGAUGUGUGGUGCGUGAGCCUACUGCGGCACAUGCGACUUGACGGGAGGACCAUGGAGUUGGUGCUUCCGCUCGUUACGGAGGAAACCAUGUCAUUCUUCGCAGCCUCUGAUACCGACAAGCACCCAUCAUCGAUUGGAGGGAAAAACAGUUGGGCAAACGUCUCCCCGACGAUCACUGCCUCACAGCAGGAGGCAAAUAACGCCGCUGCUCUUGGAGAGCAGACACCGACGCGGGUGGACGCCAGCCCCACGGCUUUCCACAACUAUAUGCUUUGUAAGUGGUGCGUUACAACUUCAUGGGCCAUGCAACAGGCUUGA